UGAAGACUGUAUCAUGCAACUAAUACAUGUUUAGCAGACGAGCGUUAUCGAAUGACCCCCUAUUUAUAACUCUAGUACACGUACAGUAUAUUAAAAUAUAGCCUAGAUGUCUUCUGUGCUAAAACAUGGAAUGGGAUUUGCCCAGCUCCACGGGAAAGUUGCUCUGAUAACUGGUUCCACUAGUGGCAUUGGUAAGGGCAUCGCCGAAGGAUUGGCCAAUCGAGGGUGUGAUGUCAUUCUUAAUGGAUUUGGUACUGAAAAUGAAAUCCACUUAUUGAAGACUGAAAUUAAUAAGAAAUACGGAUCAAAAGUGGAUUUUGUUGGAGGUGAUUUGUCGAAGUCAGAAGACAUUAUAAAAUUAUCAGAGGAAAUAUUUAAAUUAUAUCCAUCGGGUCUAGAUAUAUUAGUUAAUAAUGCAGGUAUUCAAUACGUGUCACCCAUAGAAUCUUUUCCACCAGAGAAAUGGGAGCUACUUAUCAAUCUCAUGUUAACAGCACCAUUCCAUCUUAUACAGAGAUUUUUACCACUUAUGAAAACAAAAGGUUGGGGUAGAAUUAUUAACAUCUCUUCAGUCCACGGUCAUGUUGCUUCACCUAAUAAAUCAGCUUAUGUUUCCGCUAAACAUGGUUUAAUGGGUUUGACCAAGACGGUAGCAUUAGAAGUAGCAGGAACAGGAAUAACGUGUAAUGCUGUCUGUCCAGGGUAUGUGGAGACGCCAUUAGCCAUUGAUCAAGUUAGAGGUAUAUCGAAACAACAAGGAAUAACAUUCGAAGAAGCAAAGAAACAAAUUCUCCAGCUACAUGCCACUGGCGAGCCUGUCGGCGUUGAUCAAGUGGGAGAGGCAGUAUGUUUUAUAUGUUCACCUGCAGCAUCACAGAUGACUGGUACUAGUAUUACUAUGGAUGGUGGAUGGACAGCAAGAUGAACAAUUUAUCAUCCCUAUAUCAUGAUACUGUAUGUUUAUUAUAAAAUGAAAGAGUAAAAAUCAUCUAAUAUUAACACUUUAGUAUUAUAACCGUGCAGGUUAUAGUAUAAUUUAAAUCUUGAAUAUUUAAGAUAAUGCAUUAUUAAUUUUAAAAGUGAAAGGCUUCAAAUUGAAUUUAUUUAAACUCUCGGGACAAUAAAUAUUCUAUUACUUUAAAACAUUAAUUGUAUGUGUGCUAUUAAAAGGUGACUAGCCAAUGAUGAAAUGUUAUGUAAUGCUAAUGACAUGUUAAUUUAUUAUAAUCCCUUAUUGUUUAUAAAACUGUUAUAGACAGAAAGUAACUGCUUGCGGCUGUGGUUUCGAUCCCAGGUGUGAGCGUAUGUGGCUUGGAGAUAGGGGCGCCUUCUCAACCUUGUGGGUUUACUCCGGGUACUCCGGUUUCCUCCCACAGCAAAGACCCCUGCGCGUGCGCUAAGAUCAUUAAAAUGAACUUGUCUGCGAUAUCACCUUCGGUGGAAGCGGACGUUAAACGCUAAGAACAACAACAAAAGUAACUGCUUAUAGCCUGUCUCGUGAACAUGCCAAUCGUAUGAUUAAUCUAUUAAUUGUUUCAUU